GUGUUAUGUAUGAUUUUGCUGCUGAGCCUGGAAACAAUGAGCUGACCGUCAGUGAAGGGGAGAUCAUCAUAAUUACAAACCCGGAUGUUGGUGGAGGCUGGUUAGAAGGAAAAAACAGCCAAGGCGAGAGAGGACUUGUUCCAACAGAUUACGUUGAGAUUAUAACUGAAGGUGCAAAAGAUGGAAUUAGCUGCGGUAACUCAUUAGCUGACCAAGCCUUUUUUGAUUCCCUUUCUUCAAAUACAGCACAGACCAAUGCUGCUGCAAAAAGCAGUAUUCAGGCAAACAAUGCCAGUGAUCCUUGGUCCAGCUGGAAUGUUGGGAAGUCUGGGAACUGGGAUAAUGGAAAUGCUGUUGAUAGCUGGGCGACGAAACCUGAAAAUGCAGCUGGCCAGAGAAACAGUGCUUCAAAUAACUGGGAGGCAGCAGCAGCAUUUGGUCAUCCACAGGCAUAUCAAGGACCAGCAGCUGCUGAUGACGAUGAUUGGGAUGAUGACUGGGAUGACCCAAAAUCAACUUCACCGUCUUAUCUUGGUUACAAGGAGACUGAGGCAUCAGAGGCUGGAGGGAUCCAGCGUGGAAAUUCUCGUGCAGCUGCUAUGAAGUUACCACUUAACAAAUUUCCUGGAUUUGCAAAACCUGGGAUGGAACAGUACCUGUUGGCAAAGCAGCUAGCAAAACCCAAAGAGAAAAUUCCUAUAAUUAUUGGUGAUUAUGGCCCAAUGUGGGUUUAUCCUACCUCUACAUUUGAUUGUGUGGUGGCAGAUCCGAAAAAAGGUUCUAAAAUGUAUGGCCUCAAGAGCUACAUUGAAUAUCAGCUGACCUGCACUAACACUAAUCGAUCUGUCAACCACAGAUACAAGCACUUUGACUGGUUGUAUGAGCGUCUCCUGGUUAAAUUUGGAUUAGCCAUUCCAAUCCCAUCUCUUCCAGACAAGCAAGUAACAGGGCGCUUUGAAGAAGAAUUCAUCAAAAUGCGCAUGGAGAGACUGCAAGCUUGGAUGACAAGGAUGUGUCGCCAUCCUGUUGUCUCAGAAAGUGAAGUUUUCCAGCAAUUUCUCAAUUUCCGAGAUGAGAAG